GCAAGUCUGGCGCCCGGCCAGCGGGCAGUGGCGCGCGAGACGCGGACUGCGGUGCGUCGCACGCGGGAGGGACCGAGCAAGCACGCCGGCUGCCGCUGGACUGUAGCCCCGCCUCAGCAUGCUCGUCUGCACGAUAACUGGCCUGUUGGUCAUCUGGAGUUACAUGGCACUACCAACUCUGGCCCAAGUUCUUGUUCAAGAAGUGGGUGUUGGUGAUAUUGCAGUUUUGCCAUGUCCCAGCAAUGAUGACAACCACCGCUUUCAGUUCUGGCAGCUGACAGGAAAUGAGGUCAUUGGUCCAGGAAAUACCAUAAAUCGAGAAAAAUACAAGUAUGAAGUGUUGUCAGGGACUCUGUACAUCAGAGGUGUAUCCUCAGCUGAAUCAGGAUUCUACCGCUGUGUCUCAAAGUCUCUCCAUGACCCUGCAUAUAAUAUUAAAUCUGUUGAACUUGUUGUCAGAAAAGAUUGGGAGGAUGUUUAUGAGAAUGAUUAUGAGACAAACAUGUUCAGAGCUCUGGUAGCUGUUGCCGUUCUACUUGCCAUUGUUGUUAUUUCUGUAGUUUUGUAUGUUCUAUGGAGGAAAAAACAGAGUAAUAGAUUUAGAGGUAUGCUUGAUGAAGAAUCUCCUGAUGAGAGUCCAGUGGGACGUUCAUACAGUGUACAGUCACUGCCUGGCAUGAAUUCCACACCAAAGUCACAUAUUCAGCAACAAGGAAUAGACAAUCCCGCACUGGAUACAGAACUUCCAAAACCUGUCAACUCUUUGCAUACUGAUUCACAGCUCUAGUAGAGCCCUUUGCUUUUUUAAAACUAUCCUGACAAGAUACUGUACAAUAAAAACAGCAUCACUGAAACUGUGUUACCAUGGCCAAAGAUGUUGUUCCUGGUGAAGCCAGCUGAUGAUGAGUCUUCAAGCAGACAAUUAUUCGAAGAUACCAGACCCUAAGACCAAGUCAGUAUCUUUACUUGUGCAGCAGCACUACACAAGUACAGUUAAGUGUGAUAGAGACAAUGUUUUUUCUUGCACAGUGCUAGGACCUACUCUCAUUAUCAAAGGUAAUGGGCAGUCAUGUAUUGGAAAUAACAUUGGCAGAAACAUCUGCGAUAACUUAAGUUGAAAGAACACAAUAAAACAAACUUUGUAUAAAUUACAAUGAGUUUCUUGUGUUAGCACUUCAUCGUAGCUGCGUGUUAUUUUGUAGUAAAUGGCUGCAGAGUGUACCAGCAGUAAUGUACUUAUUUACAACUUGAUUUAGAAUCUGCUGUAUAUGUUCCUUGUCAACAGUAGUAAGAAAAUGGUGACAUGAAAUAUGGAACAGAAAAACAGAAGAAGGAAUGAGAUGCAUAUGCAAUCUCUUGACAACCAAAAACUAAAGAUAAUUAUUUUGUGAAAUAUUUUUAUGUAAUUAAUAUGCAAGUGUUUUAUAAGAAAGCAGAGUUUUGCUGUGAGACUACAUGGUGCUAAUAGCUCGUGCAUCACAAAAAGUGAAUACCAAAUUGUUGACAGCACACUCAUUUUAAAACAAAAAAUGCACAAUGGUUUAUCAUCUGUUGGUGUUUGAUCAUCCAAUGGAAGGAAAAAAUGUUUCAACUUCUUCAUCCUGAAAAGCAUGUAAAAUGUCUUAAUUGUAACUCUACAUGGAUAAUUUUAGAAUGAGUACCAAAGAACAGAAAUUUAAGGGGCUUUUGUUCCCACAAAUGGUUUACUACAAAAGCUAAAUAGUAUUGGACCCUGAGUAUCAAGCUCUCAAGCUCUGAAUUCUGUGUUUCUUCCUUUGAAUGUAAAGGACUGAGAAGGGGGGAAAAAGAUCUUACAAUUUUUUUUUUCUUAACACAGUGUAAGAAAACUAUAAUCUGUUUACUGUAAAAAAUUUUGCUGAACUGAGCUUCUCACACUGCCCUUUAAUGAAAAGAAGACCAUACACAUCAAGGCACUUGAAGUUGCAUAGCCAUGAUUGCAAAAUCAGUUAUGCUUAUUAUUUAAUUGAGCUACUGCAUUAUUUUGAAACAGAAAAAAUGUUUUGUACAUCUGUUUGAAUGAAGUCAUAAGAUAAUGCCACAUAAGGGUAUUUACAUAUGAACUUCAGUGCUCUAAAACUGUGGUGUAAUGUACUGUUUGCAAAGUAAAUAUUACAAAAAGGAAAAUAUUAGAUAAUAAUUACGCAUUGUGUUUCAACACACACUGGAAAUUUGUUAUUUAUUUUGUUUGUAUAUAAUUUCUUAGUUUCCAUAAUAAUAUUCUGGAGAUCUGUAACUACCAACAUUGCCAACUUUGCAUAUUCUCAUUAGCCUCAAGAACAGUUUUUUAAAUUUUAUAACAAUAUUGUAACUAUGUGAGAUAUCACGCUGAAAUAAGUUCAGCAGAAUGUAUGACUUAUGACAACCAUUAAUUGUUCUUAGUGGGAUUCAGUAAGCUAGAUUAAUUAUGAGGACAGUGGAAUCAAUUCUGUUCUUUUGUAAUUGUCAUAUUUAUUUUCAUUCCAUGAAUGGCUUACUAAACCAUAAGAACCUCAUCAACUUAAAAUAAAAAUUAAAGGAUGAUUAUUUCUACUUAGAUCAGAGUUGUCACUUUAUAGGGGCUGGUAUUCAACUGUUGCUUGUUACAUAAUACUGCUGCCAAUGUGAUGCAACAGGCAGAGGAUGAGAAUUCUGAUAAAAGAGUUAAAGAAGUGCGACAAAUGCUUAUAAUGAUUUUAUGUGUUUUUUUUAUUUUAAUUUUUGUAUGAUUUAGUAGUUCACUAGCCUGUUUUUUGGGCCCCUAAAUAUAGAAGUAUCAGUAUUAGAAAAUUGUGAUAUUUAGCACUCUCAUACAUUACUAAAUGAAGUAACAUGUUCAGGACAAAUCUCUUCUUUAAAAGUGAAAGAAAUUCUUCAGAGAUGUAUUAAGUACUUUGUUAUCUGUAAUGUCAAUGAGCUAUUCUAA